GUCUACUAGUGACGAGUGAGGCGAGAGGCGGAUGCAGAGCUAGCUACACACUACCGGAGUCAGUGCACAGUGCUUCCCUUCCGUCUCGCUGAUGUAUCAAGCUUGACGAUCUGGUAGUCUUGUCCGAGAGAGCCGCAGCCGCGCCGAGAUCUGACGCGGCUACAGUGGCGUCUGGUCCUGGGACUGGAAGAGGGGAGGAGUGUCUUUUAGGGCAGUGAGGGGAGCAGAGCACAGCCUCCCCCCGUCCCCCGUGCCUGCCUCUCUGCUUCCUAAAUUUGGCCGCCUGCACUGCCGAGCUCCGUCUCUGCUCUACAGUUUUUGCUCCGGCUUCAGGGAAUCAGGGUUUGUUGCAAAAGAAAAAAGGAGCCGUUUCCGCGAGGUGCCCAGCCCUGGCCAUGGAGUCCGUCCGGGGGAAGCGGAGAUGGAGGUGGAGUGGCGGAUCCAUGCUAAAGCUGGCGGGGCUGUGCCUCGCCGCGGCCAUCUGCCUGUGCGGCGUUCGGUCCCUGGCUUGCGCCGGCGGCAGCGGCUGCAGGCCGCGUACUGUGCUGCUCCGUUCAGACUUUUGGAGACGAGCUGCAGCUUCUUGCGGUAAUCAGGUGUGCUCUUGUGGCGGGCGGCAAUGGCUUCGGCGGCGGCGGCUGCUGGCGGAGGGGCCGGGGUCCUACCCGCCGCGGUGCGCGUCCAAGUGCGGCGACUGCAGCCCGUGCUACCCGGUGCACGUGGCCGUGCCGCCGGGCGUGCCGGUGACCACCGAGUACUACCCGGAGGCGUGGCGGUGCAAGUGCGGCAACCGGCUCUACAUGCCGUGAACGCCCGGUCCGCCGCAGCCGGAGCCAAGGAGGGCGGGCGGGCGGCCCGACCGGCCGGUGAGCCCGUGUCGACUCGAGCGCAGCCUGCCGCUCUGCGCUCGUGCGCAGCGCCGGUCGGGCGCCGCAUUAUUGCGCCGGGCCGGUGUGGCUCGCCUGCGGCGCGCGCGCACCAGCAGCGCAUGGGCGGGAUCUGCAGCGCGCGUAGUGGCGACCUACCACAGGCCCGGCCCGGCUGCGAUACUGAAGACUGUGCGUGUCCU